AUGGAGAGUUCCGCGGGAACCGGCGAGGCGAUCCACGGUGCUCCGGAUGCGUCCCUCACGAGGUCUCCCCAGCCGGAGCCUGUCUGCGACCAACACUCGCUUCCUCUCUCGCGCUCCUCGUCGCUUUUACAACAGAAACGCUCCUCGCUGCCGCCGCGAACCCGUUCUGGCGCCCGACACGCCAAACGGCUGACCCUGAACUUCCCCAUCAACAUCCCGCUAGACCAGCCGCCGGCUGCAGCUGCCGACCCCCUUGCCUCACCUGAGUCCAUGACCCCCGUCACUCACUCGUCCACUCGGCCCUCUCCAGCACUGCCUGUAGGCACCCCUCUCCCCUUCGACACGGACGACGAUGGCUACGACUUCCUCCGAGCCAUCGCCUCCCAGGAGCGGAGAGUGAUGGAGCUGCGGGAAGAGCUGAAUAGGGCCGAGACCGAACUGUCCACCCUCAAGAAGCAGUGGGCGCUGUCCGAGAAGUCCAAGAAACGCACCGAAAUCAAUCACCACGCUGAACCAUUGCUGCCGCUUCGCUCGCCCGAGUUUAGCGGAUCCGAUCCGUCAAAUGCCUCGUUGCACCUUCGGGAGCAAAGCAUGAGCUCGGUGGGGAGCUCGUCGGUUUCACAGGAGCGACGCAGCCGUGAGCUGGAGCUGGAGCGGCGCACGAGCUUGCGUGCCGCCGCGAAUCCUCCCAAGGGCACCACGAUCUCUGCCAAUGGUCGCCGUGUGUUCCAGGGCUCUCAUGCUCGAACGCUCUCUCUCUUGUCCCCCGUCACAGCUCCCAGUCCCUCCAGCGACGGUCCUGGACCGGUCGAAGUGGAUCGCGUGGGACGCACCCCACGCUCAGCAACCCUCCCCUCAGUCGAGCGCAACUCCGUUGCCAGUAUCGGAAUGCCGACCGAUGAGAGUCAAGUGCCGGAGCAUGUGCUGGCUCAGUGGCGCAAGACGAUGCCGCCGCCCUCACGCGAGGCUCUCAUGCGCACUGGCAAGCAAAUGGCCUCCGAUCUUCGUGAGGGGCUGUGGACGUUCUUCGAGGAUAUUCGACAAGCAACGGUGGGCGAAGAAGGCAUCAACGCAACGGAAUCGCGCACCAUGUCUCCGAAUUCAUUAGCUCCGCCAACCUCCCGCAAACGAGAUUCACUACAGGCCAAAUCGCGCAGCCGGGACCGGUUAUCGGCCGUGGGGAAUAAGUCAUCACGAUCAUCAUCAUCGUCAUCGUCGCGGGGUAGGGGCCCAGCGGCCGAGACAACAUCUGGUAAAGACACCACGCCGGCAGACAUCUCCAAGUCAUUCUGGCACGAAUUUGGCGUUGAUUCACCAGCGCAGAUGUCGCCCGGCGCUCGUCGCAGCCCCACCAACAACACCGCCAACGACACGAUACCGCGGGGCGAGAACGAACCCGAGCACCCCGAUCACCGCUCCGGCAGUCCAGUCGAAACGGAGGAUGAUACGAUGGACAAUUGGGACAUGUGGGAUACACCGCUACCAGCGGCCAAGAUGAAGCAUACACCCUCAUCGAGCCGGUCGACGGUCGAGUCCUCGAAGCACGAUCAAUCCCCCACAACACAGGGCAGCAGUCCUCGUACGAGUGCUAGUUUCGGUGACUGGAACCCGAGCAUCGCCGCGCCUGAUCCCGGCGUGACCGAAGGCAUUCCCUGGCCUGCCAUCACCAAGCUGGCCCCAUCUAAGCUCCAGCGAACCGCCUCGAAUCUCAUGGCGGAAUGGGAGCGAAGCCUGUCGCCUUCCCCGGAGCGUCAAAGCUCCGUUGCUUCUUCCAAGAGCAGCAAAAAGGACUGA